ACUGCUGCAAAGCAACGGCUGUCAAUCACACCCUGGGGACGAGGGUAUAACCACUUGGGACAUGCGCAUCACGUCCUGGGGAACGGAUAUGACAUGUGGUCACAUGACCUGGCCGUCGAUCAAUGACAACCUCGUCUAGAGAUGUGUAUUCAGUACAGGAAAACAAAUCGCUCUCGUUUUGGGAGAAUAGAGUGAGGAGUGCAACGAAAAAAAUGCUGGGUGGAUUAAAAGCCGUGGCUUGAUGGUACAUAGGAAUGUCGUCGGGCACAAAUAAAUGGUCAUCUCGUCCUUUCACGUGGAAGCUCGUGAGUUCGUUUCACGUCAUUUCACGUUGCAGAAUUUGACAAACCCGAUCUGUCCCGAUAAUGUAUAAGGCACUGCACACCGUGUGUUGAAGUCCGCCUGAAAUAUCUAUAGGGCCCCUCGCACUAUCGAGCUACGCAUCACUAACUGGGUGUUCUAAACCACGCUGGAUAAAAUAUUAAUCGCAGUGAAAUGAGAUGCACUUUUUUCCUUCUCUACUCUCUCCCCUUCAUAUUCAUCGUGAAAUGAUUAUUGUCUUAUGCCACCAACCGAGCAUGUGUAUGUGAGCUCGUCGGUUUUUUUCCCCCGUCUCUCUCUUCAAUUCCGUUGGAGCCGCAGAUGUGAGAAGGAUGCGAUUGUCGUUAUCUUGAACAAUCUCUCGAUUGCGACUGGGUGUAAUUAUUUAUAUAAUGUCAUCUUUGAGAGAGACCAUGAAGUGGACUUAAAUUGUCCCUUUGCGCCACUCUGGAGUGAACAGAAGGAUGUAGAGGACGGGAGGGAUACAUGUCUACAUUGGAAUUCGUUUUUAUGUUGACGAGUGCUCUCCUGUGUGGGAUUAUUUUUUACGAAAAUAACCUUUCGUUUCGACUCGACUGGUUGAAAAAAAAGGAAGCAUCUAAAGUGAUUUGUGACGCGAUUCUGGAUGAUGGAAUACUCCGUGUGCGUUUCCUAAUUAAUGUUCUCAACAUUGGAGGGUGUUAAUGUUCAACGGUUGUUACAGCAUUAAGGGGUUUCAGUGAGGAACCAGCCAACAUUGACAUUACUGAAGGGUGAUUGGGAAUGCAUCGCGCGAAUGGGGGUGAAGCUCGCCCGGAUUUUGUCAGCACAGCCAGCCAUCGAUGUCCCUAAAACCACUGAAUCAACACAAAUUGUCUUUGAUGGAUUUCUGGACCUUUGACAGAUUGUUUGCCGAGAGAAUGGACAACGUGAACUAACAAAGUGCGGGAGAUAAAGCUAGUCGUACUUCAACCUGCUUAAAGGUUGCUAGCCACUAUAUUCAGUAGAAUUAAAGUGAUAUUCUGGUUACACUUUGCGUUGGCCUUUUAGCUGACAGUGAGAUCGUAUACGGGGAAUCUUCAAUCACAAGAAAAGAAACAGUGCACUGUUUGUGUGAUUGACAUGUUAUGUUGAUAGGCUGUGAGUUUACGGGUACUAACUUUCAUCUAAAAUGCAAGACCAAACAAGAGCUUGUUCGUUAUCCCUUGAUGACAUCAACGUUGGACUUAACUCACGCCAGAAGGAGAAGACAUCUUCUGAUAUCAAGAGACAGAGAAAAGAUGGGGAGGGGAAAGGCAUGGCCUUGGAGACAACGCCCGAACUGGAAUCACCAGUUAUUGAGAACUUGCAUAAUCGGUUGCUCUUGACUCCGAUAAGGUGGCAAUCGAGAUCGGAUUCCGCUGCUGCUGCUGCUGCUGCUGCUUCCUACCGUAGAGACAGCGCACCAGCAACACUUCUCAUGAAGGAAGAUGCGAUUUCAAGACGCUGCUCCAACCCUGCACUCCUGGAGACUAUUGAAGAAGGUCAGGUAAGCUGUCGGAGGAAAAGCACUCCGGCCGUCAUGAUACAGGGCUCCUCCGCCGGUCAGAGACUGAGAGGAGGGUUGCUUCUCAGCCCCCGGAGGACCCUCAACACCAUCCACAGUUCCACACCCAUGGCCCCUGUCAGACGGAGAUCAAUGCCGGAGAUUACCACCACACACAAAGGCACGGUCACACUGGAGACUUUCUACCCUCCACCUCGGAGGAAUAGUCUGGUGACCUGCUCCUUAGCUGAGGUGGCCACCCGAUUUGAGCUGCUCAACACUCGCUCGCAAGUCCCGGAGGAAAGCGAAAUGUUGGAGAGGUCCCGCGGUGGAUUCGACCGUAACAACGGCUCUGGUGUUCCUCCAUCGUCGCAUAGUCUACCACCUAUAACCCUGUGACAAUGUCCGGUUUCUGGAUAUGUCUGGUUACUGGCUCCAGUGUCUACCUGCCGGUGAAGGCAUUUCAUUUUCUUUUACACCGCAGCGAGGGGUUUUGUACUUUAAACUCCUGGCUAGGAGACUACGAUUCAAUGCUUUUU